AAAUAGCUGUUUUCUUCUUCAGCAACUGAGCAAUCGCCAUUUUGAGAGCAGUGAAUAACUGGUACAUAACCCUGCGGGUGAAGGAAAGCAGAAAACUAGUACAUUUAUUCAAAGAGAAUCAAUUGCUCGACACCCAGUUGUCAUCCGAAAGGAAGGAGAAUCUUAUCGUAUGUCCGCUAUCCAGAACCUCAAUACUUUUGACCCCUUUGCUGAUGCAUCUAAGGGUGAUGACCGGCUCCCAUCAGGGACUGAGGAGUACAUCCACAUAAGAAUCCAGCAGCGCAACGGAAGGAAGACGCUGACCACAGUCCAGGGCAUAGCCGAUGACUAUGACAAGAAGAAGCUAGUCAAGGCCUUCAAGAGGAAAUUUGCCUGCAAUGGGACUGUGAUUGAGCAUCCAGAGUAUGGUGAGGUGAUCCAGCUGCAAGGUGACCAGCGUAAGAACAUUUGCCAGUUUUUGACCGAGAUUGGCCUGGCGAAAGAGGAGCAGCUCAAGGUCCACGGAUUCUAGAAGCUGCUGUGACCCUCCCCUCGCUCUCCUCCUCCCUCCUGUCCCGCCCCCUUUCUCCGGGUCCUGGCUCUGAUGUUUAACCCUAUGCUGCAUCCAUCUGCGGCCCUGUAGCUGAUGUUGAUGAUCAUUACCUCCAAAAUGAGACUCUUAUUAAGCUGUGUGGCCCCCUCGACCGGGUCGGUCCAUCAAUGCACACACGGACAGACGGCUUCACAAAUGAUACGGGACGAGUGGUGACCUUUUUUUUUUUUUUCAUUUCUUUUUUAAUUAUUUUCUUUUUAAUUUUAACUCCCCCUCCCCCCUUUUUUCUAAUUUUAGUAAACCUUGUGCCGUUCUCAAGGCACAGUUUCAUGUAACUCUCUUUGUUUUGUACAACCCGUUACAAUAAAACGUUAUGACGCCACCUCUUGGUGUUCUUCUGAUGGUGGGGCUUGGGGGAGGACCUGGUAUGGUAGCUUGUCUGUGUUGAAUAUACCCACUAAAUGAUAGUGCUGUCUUUGGGAUGUGGCCAUGGCCCGUCUCGUUGGUACAUGCUAUGUAGAGUUUCCUUCCACACCUCCACAUACGGCCAGUCCACAUCUUGACUCUCUACUCUUAACUAAAACGUAUUUGAUUUAAAGGUAUAUGCAUCAUUUUCUAAGCUUGUAAGUUUUUUGGUUGGAAUAAACAAUCCCAUAAAAAUUG